AUGCCGGGGGGCAAGAGAGGGCUGGUGGCACCGCAGAACACAUUUUUGGAGAACAUCGUCAGGCGCUCCAGCGAAUCAAGUUUCUUACUGGGAAAUGCCCAGAUUGUGGAUUGGCCUGUAGUUUAUAGUAAUGACGGUUUUUGCAAACUCUCUGGGUAUCAUCGAGCUGACGUGAUGCAGAAAAGCAGCACUUGCAGUUUUAUGUAUGGAGAAUUGACUGACAAGAAGACCAUUGAGAAAGUCAGACAGACUUUUGACAACUACGAUUCAAACUGCUUUGAAGUUCUUCUGUACAAGAAAAACAGAACCCCUGUUUGGUUUUAUAUGCAAAUUGCACCAAUAAGAAAUGAACAUGAAAAGGUGGUCUUGUUCCUAUGUACUUUCAAGGAUAUUACGUUGUUCAAACAGCCAAUAGAGGAUGAUUCAACAAAAGGUUGGACAAAAUUUGCCCGAUUGACGCGGGCUUUGACAAAUAGCCGAAGUGUUUUGCAGCAGCUCACGCCAAUGAAUAAAACAGAGGUGGUCCACAAACAUUCAAGAUUAGCUGAAGUUCUUCAGCUGGGAUCAGAUAUCCUUCCUCAGUAUAAGCAAGAAGCGCCAAAGACGCCACCACACAUUAUUUUACACUAUUGUGCUUUUAAAACUACUUGGGAUUGGGUGAUUUUAAUUCUUACCUUCUACACCGCCAUUAUGGUUCCUUAUAACGUUUCCUUCAAAACGAAGCAGAACAACAUAGCCUGGCUGGUGCUGGACAGUGUGGUGGACGUUAUCUUUCUGGUUGACAUUGUUUUAAAUUUUCACACGACUUUUGUGGGACCUGGUGGAGAGGUCAUUUCUGACCCCAAGCUGAUAAGGAUGAACUAUCUGAAAACUUGGUUUGUGAUCGAUCUGUUGUCUUGUUUACCUUAUGACAUCAUCAAUGCCUUUGAAAAUGUGGAUGAGGGAAUCAGCAGUCUCUUCAGUUCUUUAAAAGUGGUGCGUCUCUUGCGACUGGGCCGUGUUGCUAGGAAAUUGGACCAUUACCUAGAGUAUGGAGCAGCAGUCCUCGUGCUCCUGGUAUGUGUGUUUGGACUAGUUGCCCACUGGCUGGCCUGCAUAUGGUACAGCAUUGGGGACUAUGAGGUCAUCGAUGAAGUGACGAACACCAUCCAAAUAGACAGUUGGCUCUACCAGCUGGCCUUGAGCAUUGGGACUCCGUAUCGAUAUAAUACCAGUGCAGGGAUAUGGGAAGGAGGACCCAGCAAGGAUUCUCUGUACGUGUCCUCUCUCUACUUUACCAUGACAAGCCUUACAACCAUAGGAUUUGGAAACAUAGCUCCUACCACAGAUGUGGAGAAGAUGUUUUCAGUGGCCAUGAUGAUGGUUGGCUCUCUUCUUUAUGCAACUAUUUUUGGAAAUGUUACUACAAUUUUCCAGCAAAUGUAUGCCAACACCAACCGAUACCAUGAGAUGCUGAAUAAUGUGCGGGACUUUCUGAAACUCUAUCAGGUCCCCAAAGGCCUUAGUGAACGAGUCAUGGAUUAUAUUGUCUCAACAUGGUCCAUGUCAAAAGGCAUUGACACAGAGAAGGUUCUCUCCAUCUGUCCCAAGGACAUGAGAGCUGAUAUCUGUGUUCAUCUAAACCGGAAGGUUUUUAAUGAACAUCCUGCUUUUCGAUUGGCCAGCGAUGGGUGUCUGCGCGCCUUGGCGGUAGAGUUCCAAACUAUUCACUGUGCUCCUGGGGACCUCAUUUACCAUGCUGGAGAAAGUGUGGAUGCCCUCUGCUUUGUGGUGUCAGGAUCCUUGGAAGUCAUCCAGGAUGAUGAGGUGGUGGCUAUUUUAGGGAAAGGUGAUGUAUUUGGAGACAUCUUCUGGAAGGAAACCACCCUUGCUCACGCGUGUGCCAAUGUCCGAGCACUGACAUACUGUGACCUCCACAUCAUCAAGCGAGAAGCCUUGCUCAAAGUUCUGGACUUUUAUACAGCUUUUGCAAACUCAUUCUCAAGGAAUCUCACUCUUACUUGCAAUCUGAGGAAACGGAUCAUUUUCCGAAAAAUCAGUGACGUGAAGAAAGAGGAAGAGGAGCGCCUCAGGCAGAAGAACGAGGUCACCCUCAGCAUCCCUGUGGACCACCCCGUCCGAAAGCUCUUCCAGAAGUUCAAGCAGCAGAAGGAGCUGCGGAAUCAGGGGUCCACCCAGAGCGACCCUGAGCGGAACCAGCUCCAGGUAGAGAGCCGCUCCUUACAGAAUGGAGCCUCCAUCACGGGCACCAGCGUGGUCACUGUGUCACAGAUCACGCCCAUCCAGACAUCUCUGGCCUACGUGAAAACCAGCGAGUCCCUCAAGCAAAACAACCGCGAUGCCAUGGAACUCAAGCCCAAUGGCGGUGCUGACCCCAAAUGUCUCAAGGUCAACAGCCCGAUCAGGAUGAAGAACGGAAAUGGGAGGGGAUGGCUGCGACUCAAGAAUAACACGGGGGCGCACGAAGAGAAAAAGGAAGACUGGAAUAACGUCACAAAAGCCGAGUCGAUGGGGCUAUUGUCAGAGGACCCCAAGGGCAGCGAUUCCGAGAACAGCGUUACUAAAAACCCAUUACGGAAAACAGAUUCUUGUGACAGUGGGAUUACAAAAAGUGACCUUCGUCUGGAUAAGGCCGGAGAGGCCCGAAGUCCGCUGGAGCACAGCCCGAUUCAGGCUGAUGCCAAGCACCCCUUUUAUCCCAUCCCAGAGCAGGCCUUACAAACCACACUGCAGGAAGUCAAGCAUGAACUCAAAGAGGACAUUCAGCUGCUAAGCUGCAGAAUGACUGCCCUGGAAAAGCAGGUGGCAGAAAUUUUAAAAAUACUCUCCGAAAAAAGCGUGCCCCAGACCUCUUCUCCCAAAUCCCAAAUGCCUCUCCAAGUACCUCCCCAAAUACCAUGUCAGGAUAUUUUCAGUGUUUCAAGGCCUGAGUCACCUGAAUCUGACAAAGAUGAAAUGCACUUUUAA